UUUUAUUUGAUUUGAUGUCAUAUCCGAAUCGUAAUUAAUUUAUGAUGCAUAAAUAUAUGUGAUACUUUUCUAUGAGAUAGUUAAUAUUUCGAAUUUACCGCAUAUGUGUGUAUUGUCAGUACGAAAUGAGGUUAGUUAUGUUUGGUAAACUUAGUUACGUUUGUAUAUCUUCUAGAGGGCACUGUUAACAAUAUUUUUAAAGUGUAUGUAUAUAUAUAAUUUUGAAGCGGUUUAACCACAUAGUGGCAAACCGUUAAUCUUCUUCGAUAAAAAUUUCGUAAAUUUAAAAAAAUGUGUGACCUUAUAGACUUAGAUAAUUCUGCAGGUGAUUCAUCAAAUACAAAAUUAGCAUCGCCGUUAAUACCUGUACCUUCAAAUAUAAAACGAAAAAAUAUAAAUAUUUGUGAUAAUAAAUUUAAUAAUAAUACAUUAAUAACAGAAAAACGUGAAAGUUUAGGUGAUAAUCCUUUUGAUGCGAUAUUAGACGAAGCAAUAGAAAAUGUUCGUAAAAAAGAAGAUCCAUUUGAAACAGUAUAUGAAAAAGCUUUCAUGGGAAAUAAUAUCACUGCACAAGAAGAAAAAAACAUAAAUAUUACAGAUGAUCUUAAAGCUACAUACACACAAUUGUGUAAGUUAAAAGAAAAUAAAACUUCAAAUGAAAUCUUAUCAAUUCCUGAUAUUGUGGUUUCUACAGCUGAGAUAAAUUCAUUGGAUUUAUCGAUAUUAAAUCACUCAGCAAUGAACGAUACGUUAUAUGAAAGUAAAUGUAAUGAAGAAGAAGCCGAGAUUCCGUAUGUGUUUCAACAUAAAAUACCAUUAAAUAGAAAGACAGUACAAUCACGUUCAUAUUCUCAAGGUGAUAUAAUAUCUGAAUGUAAGCAGUUAAUAAAACCUAGGUCUAACUCUACAACAGAAUCAUUAACAACUGAUAAAAUAAAUACAAAUGAUUCAGAUAUCAAGUCUUUUUCAGUAUUAAAUAAAGGUUUUAUAGAAGAUCAAUACAAUGACAUUUCUGUAUUUUCUACUAUAUCAAACAUUUCUAGCAUUACAAGGAAUUCUGGUUCCAUAACAUAUAAUUCUGCCUCAAUAUCUAAUAAUACUAUGAAUGUUGCCUUUUUAAAUAAAAGUUGUUCAUCAAUAGCUUGCGAUACUAAAUUAAAUGAAAGGAUAAAUAAUACGAUGAGUACAGUACCUACGAUAUCAUUACCUAUUUCACCAGCUCAAAAACCAAUCAAAACAACAGUUGAUGUUAAUAAUAAGUUACUCGAUGAUAAAUUGCUCGAUAUUGAUACUUGUAUCCCUGAAAUUACGUCUUCUAAAUUAUCUAAUAAUAGUUCGGAUAGUUCUUCUGAUUCUAUAUUUGUUAAAAAAAAUAAUAUCAAUACAUCAAUAAUUAAUGAAGCUAUAGCUCUUGCAAGAACGUUUGAAGAAUAUGCAGGAAAAUCUUCAGAAUCAAAUAUAGACGAAUUGAUUAUAAAUGAUCCUAUGUGGACUUCAGAAUUGUUGCCAGCAUAUGAAGAUGACGUUGUAGAUAACUUAAUUGAGGUACCAGUUUUAAAUGCUACCAAUAGGGAACAAAAGAAUGGUGACAUGUUAUCUUGUAGUAGUAAUACAAAUGAUAUAACAAAAUCACAGAAUAACGUUAAAAAAGAAAUGGACAUAGCUCCUUUGAAUCAAAUUACUGUUAAUAAAACAGCUGCAUCAACAUUGUUAGUAGACCUCAAAAAAAUAGUCAAAACAGAAAAUAAUUCCGAGGCUAACAGGCUACUUGAAAAUUUAGAACAAGUUUUAGGAAUUCAAUCCAAUAACGAAAUUGAAUUAUUUUCUACAUGUGAUCAAACAACAAAUGAUUCAAGAGCAAUACAAAUUACAAAAGAAGAAAAUAAACAUGAUAGUAAGAAUCAUGUGGAUGAUUUAAAAAACAAUGAAAUAGAAGUUGAGGAAUCACAUUAUGAUAAUAAAAUUAACGGAUGUGAAGCAUUACAUGACAAUAACAAAUCAUUAAUAAAGGAAAAUGAAGUAUCAUCAAUGAAUCCACGAAUAGAAAUUUCUCCAGAAAAAGAAAGUUCUAUUGAGGUAGAAAAAAAAGAAAUUAAUGUUGAUAUUAAUAAUUUUACUCAGAAAAAUGUGACAAUAAAUAAAGAAGAAAAUAAUAAAACAGAAAAUAAUGAAAAAGUUGCAGUAGAGUUGCUUAUUAAUUUAGGUAAAGUAUUAAGUGGACAGUCUAACGAAUCUGCCACAUUGAACUUGUUAAAGAAUUUGGGAGAAGUAUUAAAUUUAGUUUCAAAAAAUGACCAAGAAAAAAUUAAUGUGAUAUCUAAUAAUACUGAAAAAAUACCAAUUAAAGAUACAUCUGGAAAUAAAGUAAAAUCUUCAACAUCAUUAAAAGUAAAACAAAGACGAAGUUUGGAUGUAAUGUCAAAGGAGAAACCAACUUAUCAGAAAUCAUUCAGAAGAAGUACAUCUACACAUAACACAUCUCCUCCUAAAAAACUGCAAAAGUCAUUUGUAUUUAAAGACAAUAACAAAUCUCAAUUAAGUAAGACUAGAAAGCGUUUUUCUAGUGAUCCAGGAUCAAUUAAUUUGGAUUCAUCUAAAACAGAAAUUGCUGCUAGCAUAAGAGAUCAUCCAAUUAUUAGUAUAGGCAAAAUUAAUACAAACGAAAAUAAUCCGAAAGAGAAACAGCCCAUUAAAUUAGUUGGUAAAAAUCAAUUAAAACACAAAUCAAAAUCUGAAAUUGUGAAUAAAAAAGGUCCUAUGAAGGCAAUUAUUCCAAUUGGAAAUAUGCAAAGAAAAGGUACUAUUACUCCUACGAAAUCACCUAAGAAUGUACAACCUUGCAUUAAAAUAUUCAGUAGUACACCAAAUUCGAUCGAAAGUGGUAUUGAAUUAAAAAGAUCACCUAAAGUAAAACCAAUGGCAUCAUCAACACCAGACUUUCUAAAACGUAAAUCUGUUGUACAAGUGCCAACGCUUCAACGUCGUGACAGGCUUAAUGCUUCAUGCGAUAUAUCACCAAUAAACGUACAAGAGGAAGUAACUACCGAGAAAUGUAAAGUAUAUCUUAGUCCAAGAAGAGCGAAUAAAGGCCCAUCGCCAAAAAAAAGCACGCCUAAAAGUCAAAAAAGAGAAUCUAGUAUUCCAAAAUAUUCCAUGUCUCCUGGUGCUCAUGCAAGAACAUCAUCGCAGGAUAUUAAUAAAUCCCAAGAAAUUUCAAUGUCGUCACAAAAUUUAUCCAGAAAAGAAGAAGACAUGUUUAAAAAAUCACCCAUGAUUAGGAAAAGAAUCGAAAAAUCAGAACGAAAAAGUCCUUUAACAGAUAAUAAUACAAAUAUUACAAAAGGAAAACCAUUUAAUUUAAGCUCUAAGUUUCGAGGGAAUAAUAAUGAAAAUAUUGAAAGUGAAAAGGAAAAUACAUUUGUAUAAUAUAAACAGUGAAAUCAUCGUAUAAACAAUUAUAAUAGUAUUUUACAGAUUUUUUUGUGUUCAAUCUAUUUAACCAUAGACAAGAUAAAAUUUUUGUAUUCAUUUUAUAAUAAAGAUAUUUAAACAAAUAAGAAAAUCAUCCAUUUACGAUGCCCUUUGGUAAGAUACACAGUUAAGAAUAUGCACAUUUCGAUAUUUAAUUUUUUAGAUGAUCAAAGUACAAAGUUUUAUUACGCAAACAAUAGAUAAUGUCAUAAUGUCUAUUUAUUUAUAAAAUAAAAAAUGAAAAUUGUUUAUUUUAAUAAGAAAAGAGAAAAUUUAGUAAAGUAUUUAAGUUGAAAUGGUAUUUUGUUCGUAGUUGACUCCGUACCUAGAGUAUGAGUGAAAGUUGAAAAUAGUAGGGGUAAAAAGAGCGAGGAGUGGGGAGGAGCUCGAUCGGUCGACGAAGCAACGUCUUUCCCCUCCUAUGACUAUCAGAAGCACGCUCCGCGUGUACCGUAGAGCGUCGAGAGCGGCUCCGCUCAUCUAUAUUCGCGUUAAAGCCGCACCCGGCGUGGCGUGGUGCGGUGCGCUACGUUUGCUCACAUUAGGACGGUGCAGUACAAUGUGUUGCGAUGUGAUACGAUGCAGUAGAAGAGAGUGCACUUAAAUCUUAUUAAGAUAUGUUAUGUCCUUAAUCGAUAGUACAAUUAUAAACGUGUUAAUAAUACGAGCAUAAGAUUGUUAGCGCUGGAUUGGCGCUAGAUCGACUCUGGAUCGGCGCGGUACCGAGAGAGUGUAUCGAACACAUUGAAGUGUGUUGCGAUUCGUACAGAGGAGUCGAUCGGUCGAUCUUUCUCGGGCGGUUCGUACGAGGUGCGAGAAGAAAAAGAGCGCAUCUCGCGUUUACGUCUUGCUUCUUUCGUCGUUUUCGUCAUCAUCAUAGUCAUCAUCAUAGUCAUCGUCACCCUCAUCGUCUCCGCCACCGGCACUGUACCCUCACCGUACCGUCGUAUUGUGUGCGGAUAAACGCGCGCGCGCGCACAUCUUCGCUUAGCUGCACCUUGCUUGCAUGAGACAAAAAGAGGAUCGACGACACGUCGAAUAAUAGCAAUCAAAA